CGAGACAUACGUACACAGAAAGACAGAAAGACAGACAGAAAAGAAAGAGAGAAGCCAUUCAUUCGUUCGCCCAUCGAUUUUUCCUUCUUUAACAUGGACUCAACGUUUUAACUAGCCCCGCCUGUCAUCGUGGAACCAUUGCCAGCCAGCCCUUGGCCCGACCCCCCCCCAACCCCCAGGAUGAGUGCCCCAAAACGGAAACGCUCGCGUUUGACGGCCCCCAUGGACUUUCCCGAGGCUAUGGUGUUCCAUCCGACCCUGGACGAGCUGGCCGAUUUCUCCGGUCUCAUGCAGACCAUCGAGGCCCAGGGCGCUCAUUUGGGCGGGAUCUGCAAGAUUGUCCCGCCCAAGGAGUGGAUUCCUCGCAAGCAGGGCUACGAUCCCGACACCUUCAAGCAUCUGACCAUUGAGGCGCCUAAGAAGCAGAUUUUCACCCAGAUUGGCGAGCAGCGGGCUUUUCAAACCAAGUGCCUCUGCAAAGGGCCCAUGAGUAUUAAGGAAUAUCACGAGUUGGCCACCAGCUCGCGUUACGCCCCGCCCAAACACACCUCCUACGAGGACUUGGAACGCAAGUAUUGGAAGAGUCUGCACUUCAUGCCCCCUAUUUAUGGGGCCGAUGUAGCCGAUUCGAUCACCGAUCCGGAGGUGACCGCUAUGAACAUUGCCCACUUGGAUACUAUCUUGAAGCACUACGAGGAGGACACGGGACAAGUGUUUGCCGGCGUCAACUCGCCGUAUUUGUACUUCGGCAUGUGGAAGGCCACUUUUAGUUGGCACGUGGAGGACAUGGACUUCUAUGGCAUCAACUUCUUGCACUAUGGCAUGCCCAAGACGUGGUACUGUGUGCCACCCAAGUACGGCUAUCUGAUGGAACGGGCCGCCGCCGCCUUGUUCCCUAAUGUGGCCUCGUGGUGCACCAAUUUCAUGCGCCACAAGACCUGUCUCAUUUCACCGCACAUCAUGGACGAGAUGGGCGUUCCUUAUCAGAAGGUCAUUCAAGAAGAGCGUGACAUCAUUGUCGUGUUUCCCUAUGCUUAUCACUCGGGGUUCAAUCACGGCUACAACAUUGCCGAAUCCACCAAUUUCGCCUCCGAACGAUGGAUUGAAUAUGGGAAGCGUCACCGAUCCUGCGAUUGCAGUCGCAAUCAGGUCAAGAUGGAUAUGAGUGUGUUUGUGAAGCGGUUUCAGCCCGAGAAGUACGAUGACUGGAUGGCCGGAAGAGACAUUGCGCCUCACCCCGAGGAUCCGCCCGAGGUUGUGGACGAGAUCAAGCUCCGAGCUGAAGAUCCCGAAGCGUAUAAGAAGUUGAUGCAUGAGAAAUGGGUGCAGAAGGAGAAGCCGAACUUUGAUAUCUUUGUCACGAAGCAAGGCCGGCAGUUGAAAUACAAUACCGAAACUUUAAAGCUGCACCCAAAGUCCAAGUUCAAGAAUUUUGAAGAAGAGCAAGAUUUCGAGAAAUUCCUUCAGGGCCUGGAUCGGAAGGCCAAGGAUGGGGUGUUUUUGGAUGUGUAUCAGCAUGUGGAAUAUAACAAUUUGAAAGUGAUCGUGUUCCCUCGCACCUACAAGUGCAUUGGCGAGGGUCUGGAUAUCAUCCGAGAAGUCUUGGGUCGGCCCAAUAUUGGCAGUGUCAAAGAGCUCAUUGAAACCGGAGAAAUGAUCAAGAUUAAGCAGAAGCUCUUCAAGAGGAAAGUGAAACCUCGCGUGGAGAAGAGGGAAAAAGUGUUGAUAACGAGAAAAGUGGAGAAAACAAUUGUUGCCGAUGUCUACCGACACGUUCUCAAAGACAUUCAGGCUGUGGUCAAGGAGGGCACUUUUGACAUUCUUGGGGAUAUCAGUGAUGAGUUAAGCGAGAUCUUGGCAUGGUACUCCCUACAAGAGCUGGUCGAGUCUGACAUUAUGAAGAUGGACCACCAGGCUCGUGUCACCAUCGAGGAAGAAAUCAAGGAAGAGGUCACGGAUGAUGAGGGUUCUCCCACGAUCACCAAGAAGCUCGAUCUCUACGUCCACGAACCCUCCGGCCAAACAGUCACGGUUUAUCAAAAGACCAAGAAGAUUGUGGGCCGAAAGGGACCGAAGAUUGUCGAAAUUAUCGGCUCCAAAAGUGUGGAAGAGUGCAUCAACGAAGGGAUGCUGAGGUUUGUCAAAACAGUUUACAAAACUGCAGGGGCGCCCAAGCCCAAGAUUUUUCAUCUCUACCAACACGUUGAGCACACGGAUCUCACGUUUUUGGUCAACAGCACAACACAGAAACUAGUCGGGAAAAACCUCAGCAUGCAAGAGGCCUUGCUCGGCAAAAGAGACGUUCAAGAUUUAGUGGACUCUGGCGAGCUCAUCUACAUGGGCGAGAAAGUGCUCAUGGCCAAUAGCGAAAGCGAGAAGACGACCAAGAAGUCCAUGCAAUAUCAAAGCUUCCGCAUCGUUGGUAUGGAGGAAGACCUGGGUGUGGCCACUAAUGAGUCCCGGGUUGGAUUCUGCUUCGACUCCGGACUGGAUCAAGUGGAGAAACUUGUGCACAACUCGACAAUGCAAGAGCUUAUGGACGACGAGAAACUGACCCACUCGAAUGUGGAACUGGAUCAGGUGCAGAAGAAUCUUUUGAAGAAACUCCUCGCCCACAGGAUGAGCACCAAGAAAGUGACGUUCCUCAAAUGGAGGUUUACCAAUGAUGACAGAAAAAUCGUCCUCGCUGAUGACGAUGGCGACGUUGUCAAGGAAUACAGAGACAAAUAUGCCCACGAACUUGGCACGACGAAGCUGGAUGACCUUGCCGCUGAUAACGUCCUCAGCUUAAUGGAUGACAACUUGGAGCUAUAUGAGAACGAACUAGACCUGAGGAAAGCUUUGGGCAACGACAUUCUGGCCAAGAAGGACCAACUCGAUAUCGUGUACAACCUGACUGCCAAGUGCUUUGACGUCCUGCACCACACUCACAAUCAACGUUACAUCAUCAAAGAAGAGACGUUCGAUUGGAAAGCGAAUGUCAAAGUCGAGGAAGAAGCUGAAUACGAAGAAGACUUGGAGGAUGGAGUUGAGGGAACCAGCACGGACCUCGUUCCAGCUGAUGAAGAAAUGCUAGAUGAAGAUGAUAUCAUUCUUGAAGGCAGUGAUGCCGAGGCCUUGGUCUCCGAAUCUGGCAGUGAAGACGAAGACGAUAGUGACUAUGAAGGAACCAAGGUGAAACGCACCAAGACGAAAUCUGCCGGUACCAGAAGACAGUCGAUCUCGUUUGAGCUCGGCAUUGAGAACCAAAUGACCAACUUGCUGAAGGAGAUGCGGAUCAAAUUACAAGCGUCCAACGAGCCUCAGGUUCCAUUCGUCUUGACAGACAUCCUGGCAGCACACAAGGAUCUCACCGAGUACACGAUCAACAUCUUCCUUCCCGGAUUGAAGGAACUCAAAUGCAUCACCAUCGACGAUACUGGACGAUUGUGGUGGCAAGGCUUGAAGACAGAGAACACACGGCAAAUAUUAUGGAACAUCUUAGACGAGCCCCAAACUACUCCGGACUCAUUGUUCGAAUGUGAGAUUUGGGUGCUGUGUCGAAGCGUCCUCAAAGCUUCAAUGCUUAACCGAUUCAAUGGAUACCGGCUUUCAAAUCUCACUCGAAAGGUGUUCAACCUUCACCGACGAGACGAGCUGAGACGGUCUCGAAUCCGAAGUGCGCUCAAUCUUUUGACAGGAAUGAAACUCCUGAAGCGAAAACGGUUCACCUACUACUACAAUGGACCAAACGCAUACGAUGGUUGGAAACGAUCCGAGUUCGAUCGAUAUGGUCCACACUUGCACUUCAGACAAUGCCGUGUGGAUGUCCGUACUCAGAAGUUGACCCCUGAGCAAGAAGAAAUAGCCAACCAAUUGUCCGGCAAUAUGCAUGUGGACCGAAGUACCUCUUCGGGUACAGCCAUCCUUCUGAAACGCCGACAGGAAAUGGCUGAGGUCAUGAAGAAGUAUUGCGCCGAAAAUAAGCUGACCCUUGAGCAAGAGCGCUCUGUCAAGUUCGGGGAUGUCACUUGCAAGUGUGGAACAUCCAUCAAGGUCAAUAGCUCAACCAGGACCAAAGCACAUACUGGAUUCAAGAAGAGGGCACGCUGUCAGAAAUGUCCCGGAUGCAAGACUCCCAAGUGCAUGAAAUGCGCCAACUGUCUCAAUCCAUCAUUCAAACAAGCUUGCUCGAACCGAGUUUGCUAUUUCCCUCUGAUCCCUUAUUGUCCUUGCUUUGAGUAGGUUGGAGCAAGUGAGUGAAUGCAUAAUGUACAGCUGUAACCUGUUGACCGACGCUGUGAAUAAAACCUUGAUUUUCUUUUUCGACACUUUCA